AUGGACAAUUCAAACAAACGACCUCGCACCACAAUCUCAGCCAAAUCCCUGGAAACCCUAAAACAAGCCUAUCAAGCCAGCUCGAAACCAGCCCGACACAUCCGCGAACAGCUAGCCGCCGAAACCGGCCUAGACAUGCGCGUAGUCCAAGUCUGGUUCCAAAACCGACGAGCCAAAGAAAAACGACUAAAAAAGGACGCGAACCGCCGCUGGCCCGGCACAGCCAACUGCUCCAGCCAACAACUCUUCAGCCGAACCAUCGACAGUGACAGCGGGUCUAACGACGAGUCGCUAAUCAGCCGCAGCCCCCUCUACGGAUCAGCCGGCUUCAUGGAGAACUCCUCGGACCUAGACAUCCACCCCAACGACCUACAAUACGACUGUCAACCCACCCCCACCGCCUGGACACCCCUCUCGCGGUUCCCCAGCGAAGACCACCCCUACAUGAAUAUUGACCCCCAACUCAUCAUGCCCCACGUACCCGUACCCCACGACCACAACAUGUACGGCGACAUUAGCCCCAUCACCAUGCCCCACAUGCUUAACAUGCAACAACAAUGCACCCCUCACCACACCCAACUCCCACCCAUGCCCCACCACAUGAUGCCUCAGCCCAUAGGAAUGCCCCUACUCACAUUAAUGUAUAUUAUUAUAUUUUCUACUGUAAUAAAUGCUAGCAUAAUUUAA